AAAAGAUUUUUGCUUUACAAUCAAUGAUCGGUGCGAAGUAAAUAAAAGGGGUUAAAUGUUUUCUAUCGGUUUCUAACGAAAAUUGAUCAAUUUAUUCCCCUGAAUGUAUUAAAUUAUAAAACAAAAUGAGUUUUUCCAGUGACGAAGUCAAUUUUCUUGUAUAUCGCUAUUUACAGGAAUCAGGAUUUCAUCACUCUGCAUAUACAUUUGGUAUUGAGUCUCACAUAUCUCAGAGUAACAUCAAUGGAGCCUUAGUGCCACCUGCUGCUUUGCUUAAUAUAUUACAAAAAGGAUUACAAUACACGGAAGCAGAAAUAACAAUAGGAGAAGAUGGCACAGAAACACGGCUCACAGAAAGUUUAAGUCUGAUUGAUGCAGUCACACCAGAUAUCGUAGCUGCAAGGCAGAAUGCACAUAAUGCUCAAAAGCAAGCCAUCAAGGCAGAACCUGGCUCUGGUGGGGAACAAAAUGGAGUUGAUGGCACAACAUGUAAUGCUGCGGCAGCUGCACCUGGUGGGGCGGCAACUCCAAGUGCUCCAGAGGCAAUGGAUAUGGAUCAGUCCAUAGAAAUCCCUGCCAGCAAAGCCACUGUGCUCAGAGGACAUGAAUCUGAGGUGUUCAUCUGUGCUUGGAACCCCAGCACAGACCUGCUGGCUAGUGGAUCAGGAGACAGCACUGCUAGAAUAUGGGACAUGUCAGACAAUCCAGCCACUACCCCCAAUCAGUUGGUGUUGAGGCACUGCAUACAAAAGGGUGGUGCUGAAGUACCCAGCAACAAAGAUGUUACAUCAUUAGACUGGAACUGUGAUGGAAACCUCCUUGCCACAGGCUCAUAUGAUGGUUAUGCUCGUAUUUGGACCACAGAUGGUACCUUGGCAUCAACACUAGGCCAACAUAAAGGUCCAAUAUUUGCUUUAAAGUGGAACAAAAGAGGAAACUAUAUUUUGAGUGCAGGGGUUGACAAGACAACAAUUAUUUGGGAUGCAUCAACAGGACAAUGCACACAACAGUUCUCAUUCCAUUUAGCUCCAGCUCUUGAUGUUGACUGGCAGACCAACACUUCCUUUGCAUCUUGCUCUACUGAUCAGUGUAUUCAUGUCUGCAAACUUAAUGCUGAUAAGCCAAUCAAAAGCUUUCAAGGUCACACUAAUGAAGUUAAUGCCAUAAAAUGGGAUCCUCAAGGACAAUUAUUAGCAUCAUGUUCAGAUGACAUGACAUUAAAGAUUUGGUCCAUGAAACAGGACACAUGUGUGCAUGACUUACAGGCACACUCAAAAGAAAUCUACACAAUCAAAUGGUCACCUACAGGGCCUGGAACACAGAAUCCCAACAUGAAUCUGAUCUUGGCAAGUGCUUCUUUUGACAGCACAGUCCGCUUAUGGGAUGUUGAACGAGGUGUGUGCAUACAUACACUCACAAAACACACUGAACCAGUUUACAGUGUGGCAUUUUCGCCUGAUGGCAAAUUCCUUGCUAGUGGAUCAUUUGAUAAGUGUGUGCACAUAUGGUCAACACAAACUGGAAGUCUUGUGCACUCAUACAAAGGCACAGGAGGUAUUUUUGAAGUUUGCUGGAACUCACGAGGCACGAAAGUUGGCGCAAGCGCUAGUGACGGCAGUGUAUUUGUUUUAGAUUUGCGUAAACUAUAACAACAGGCUGUCAGAAACACUGUAUGUGUGUUUAAUCAUAAAAAAAUCAGGAGAUGAUUAUGAACUUUCAAAAAACAGUUAUAAAACUUAUAACCUGUAUUAAAAUGUAGUUGACCCUCAGAUUUGUAUUUAUGGCAAUAACUAUAGAUUGAUAUUGUAUUAUCCAUAAAUCUUAGUAGUAUCAGGAUUUUCAACAAUAAUAUUAUACAUGUAAAAGUCAAUUUGUUUCCAAGUUAAAGUUUCAAGGCAAGAUAAUCUGAACUGAUACAGAUGCAACUUAGUGUAGAGACGGUUAAGACUAAAUUUGUUCAUACAUUUCCUGUUGUGUUAGGUGAAGUAUUUCUGUAAGGAAGUAAUGAGGGUUUUCUAAAAUGGCGUCCACCAGGUGGCGCACUGAGUCGUCAGGUCCAGGUAACUGUCAAAGUGUUUAUCUUUACUAUGAAUAGUGAACGAUUUUAGUGGUUUUUUUAUUUUAUAAUUAAAGCACUGCAUUCACUGACCUCUAUAUUUACCACUGGACAGGCUGUUGUCAACGUGUUUUUGUGCCCGUUUGAUAAUCGCCAUUUUGGCGCUGUUAGACGUAGCGAGUGUUCGUGGUAUGUACUAAGGUACUAAAAUUAUUUUACAGUGAACCAAUGAACAAACACGUCUCUCGCAGCCAUUUGAAAUUAUACGUCAAAAUUAGUUUUGUGGACACUCGCUUAGACGAUAUUGGCGCUUCAAAUGGGCACAAUAAAAUUGCUGUCAAACGUACGGAACAGCCGGUCCAGUGUGUAAAUAUAGAGGUCAGUGACUGCAUUAUUGUUUUACUAUUGAGGUUGAGUAAAUAAAAAAAACUAAAUCAUAUUGUGUUAACAAAUUUUUCAACUACCAGUGACUUUUGCACCCUCUCUCUUAGCUCAAUUUUUAGUUCGGAAACCUUAUUCUGACCGUAGUCCAUAAUAAAAUCAAUAACACUUCCAAUAUAACAGAAUUUCAAUAAACAAUAAGUUCGGCACCUACAAUUCCAUACUAUUUGACAGCUGUUUGGACCAGACGCAUACGUGGCGCCACCCGGUGGCAGAAAAAAUUUCAAAAACCCUCAUUGAUACUGCAGGAAACAUCAUAUAGUAUUUGGAAAUGUAUACAUUAUUAAUGGUUAAAAUUGCCAUUGUAAAGCUUUAUACUGUAAGUUUAUUAAAUUAUACCUUUCAUAUUUACUCUAUAUUGAUAAUAGUGAAUCAUUUAUAUUCCCACUUUCUGUAUGUAAUUGGUAUGUAUUGUGAUGGUGAUAUGAGGUAACCAUAAAAUUAGUAUUCAUGGAACUCAAUAUGAAUUAUUAUUGUCGACAUUAAUUUUAAUCUACAAAUUUCCAUUUACCUAUAGGAAUUACUUAAUUUUUGUUACUUGUGUAAUAAUAGGAAUAUUUUUUAUAACAAAUAAAAGAGUAUAAAUAGUAAAAGUAA